UCUGGAUAUUCCAUAAGGUCCAUUUUUCUAAUUUAAUAUAAUUUGUUGGACUAUUUUGCCCCUAUAUAUAUAUAUGUACAGUGUUAAUACGUAAAAGGUGCCUGUUUCUUCGUUCAUGCAGUUUGGCAGUUUCUAUUUUACGCUUUUCAUCAUCAAUCCAAUUCCGAGAGAUACGUUUAUGUUUUGCAUGCUCGUUGCAAGGUUUGGUUGUGCCAGGGUUUCGUCCUUGCUGUUGGAGUCUGGUUCUGUGGUUUGCGUGUGAAGACGACGAAGAGGAGUGUGUUCGGUUGUUACAUUUGCCGGAUUAUAACUAGUUCAAAUCAGUUUUUUUCAACUUUCUGUACGAUUGUAGGAUUGGAUGAUCAAGGAGAUGGAUACCUUUAUGCUAUUGGUGUGUACAUAUGGUUGUAGUACAACUGUAAUAAAUGUUGCCCGCGCAAUGUGUUAUUCUCGUUUGGUGGAGUGUUUGUGUGAGAAAUGGGAUGAGUUGUCUGCUGGUUCUAUUUCAUUGUUCUGUAAACUACCUGGGAUUAAUAAGUGUCAUUUGGACAAUGAGGAAGAAUUUCAGAACAUGGUACUGCUUGCUAAAUCAAUGAGGGUACAACAUGUAGAAGUUGUGGUUGAGUUGAAGGGUGAUAUUGGUCAGUCAAGUAGUUUGGGAUUGCUGCGUGUGGGGGUUGAGGAUGAAAUUGAUGCACUACGGAGAUUUUGCCACCAUAAGGAGAAGGUGUUGUUGUCAGCCCCUUGGGCAAAUGGUAUUACGCAUAUAGGACAACGGUUUGUUGGAGGUGCACAAGAAUUUCGUGACGUUUUAUGUAAGUAUGCCAUCCAAUGUGGGUUUAAGUUCACAUACGUGAAGAACGAGACAACAAGAGUUACUGCUGUGUGUGCGAUGCGGGAGAAGAGGGGGUGUUUGUGGGCUAUACAUUGUAGAGCACAACGAGCAAAUGAUUUUUUCUACAUCAAGAGGUUUAGUGAUGUGCAUACUUGUGGUACGGAUGUUCGAACAUCGAAGAAUCCGCGAGUUAGUUCGGAUUUGGUGUCGAGUACCAUAUCUGAAAUUGUGAGGGACAAGCCGUUGACUCGGCCGUGUGAAGUGGUGACUAUUUUGAAGAGGGAUUAUGGGCUAGAUGUGAGUUACCAUGUCGUAUGGUUGGGUGUGGAGAAAGCAAAGGCUGGUAUCCAUGGAGAUCACUCGUUAUCGUUUGACCAGUUGCGGUGGUAUUCGGAUGCUGUGAUGCGGUACAAUCCGGGGAGUUAUGUCAAUAUUGACUAUGAUGCGAGUAGUCAACAGUUUUGUCGCUUCUUUGUGUCAUUCGCUGCGUGUAUUUCUGGGUUCAAUGCUUGUCGGCCUUUAUUAUUCCUGGAUGGAACAUUCCUCAAAGGAAAGUACAAAGGUCAGCUACUUGCGGCAACGGCGAAAGACGGGAACAAUGGUCUGUUUCCUGUUGCAUUUGCAAUUGUUGAUUCGGAGACCACGGCUAAUUGGUCGUGGUUCUUGCAUGAACUUGGGAAGGUUGUUGAUGGGAAGCGCCAUAUUACUUUUAUUUCGGAUCGUAAUCUUGGUCUGUUAGAAGCUAUGCCAAAGGUGUUCCCAUCGGCUCAUCACGGUUAUUGCUUACAACACUUGAAGAGCAAUUUAAGAGACAGGAUGAAAGGAAUUGAUAAUGGAUUCAGGGAUCACCUAGUAAGGAGUUUGGGUGACUGUGCCUACGAGCCAACUGUGGUAGGGUUCCAUGAAAAGCUUGCAAAAUUAAAAGAGGAGGGUAAACAACGAGCUCAUAAUUUUUUCAAGGACUUACCACCUGAGCACUGGGCAAAUUCAUACUUCAGGUAAUAACAGUUUCCUAAG